GCGUCGCAUUACGAUUCUGCACAGCGUAGCUAUCGGCACAGGUAGCACUUUGAGCUUGCUUACCGCACUACUUUCCGUAUUGAACUGCUUGCAUGAUCAGCCGUUGUGGGAUUACGGUCUUCUCUCAGCGUCAACGUCCGGCACUUUUACAGCUCCUGGAUCUCAAGAUGAGCCAAGCUCCCCGCUAUUAUCUGAUCCCGGCCACGAGCGGUCUUUGCAUCCAGCCCACAAAAGACGAUAUUGCCACAGCAGAGAUCAAUGGAGAGCAAAUACAACAAUGGCUCGUCGAAAGAGCAGAUGCGAACAAGGUCGCUUUCAAAAAUGCAAGCACGGGCCAUUACCUUCGCGCUCGGGGAGAUUACCAAGGAGCGCGUGUCAAUCAGAGGCCUGAGAAGCAGUACUGGGUGUGCGAGAUUUCGAACACGCCGAAUGCGUUUUGGUUGAAGUGUGAUGAAGGCAGCACAUAUCUGUACAACCACAUCGGGAGCCACAAGCCAAACAACCCCAUAUUCGUGAGCAAGCCUGCCAAAUCAUCAAUGCCAGAGAUGGCUUGGUACAUCCCAGCAUGCGAUGAUUGGAAGACUUCCAAGGGCCUUGAAGCAUCGUCGGAGUCUCCCAGCUCAGAAGCCCAGGACCGGAUCCGCGAGAAGGAGCGAGAACUAGAAAUUAAGACUGCAGAGAUGCAGAAGAAACUGGAAGAAGCAGAGAAGAGGGAGCGAGAAGCGUUAGAAUUCGAGCAAGAGGCUCGAAUCAAGCAGGAAGAACUAGCUGAAAAAGAAGUUGAGCUCGAGGCGGAGAGAAAAGCUAUGAAAAAAGAGCGCGUCCAGCAGAACGGGAUGGCGAAAGUGAGCGGCGAUGAUAGACACUGGUUGGAGCGCUUCUCCAGGCUUCAGCAGCGUCUAGAAGCUGCCCAGAAAGAGAUCGAAAGGCUUCGAGUAUCGUCCGGAACUGGGGACCACGACGAGGUAGAGGAUCUCAGACGGGAAUUGGAAGCUGCUCGAAAGGAGUCCAGAGACAGCCGAGGGGCGUAUGAAGCGCUUCGUGAGUUGGUGGAUGCUGGAAACACUGGUCCCGACGGCAUCAAGGCUCGAAGAGUGCAUAGUGCAACGAAGGAGGCCGAAGCUGCAUCAGUUGGACAACGCUGGGCUCCACCUGGAUUUAGAGCCGGCAGAGAUUCUGCCAUCACGACUGGAGACGUGAAACCUAUCACUGUCAAGACGGAAUUCAGCUUUCUACCCCGGCUUCAAUGAUGUUUGUUCAUGACCUGCCUGGCUCCAACAUCCUGAAAAGCGCGUGUUCCUGACUCAGUAGACUGAGUUCGGAGGGGCCCUACAGCUUCCUUUUCUGCUUGCGUCUACGACAAUGACCCUCCACAAUGAUCUCGACACGACACAGGUCUCGGCUUGCCGUCGGCUGUGUCCAGCUGGUCGCACAUUUCGUGCGAGCGAACCAGAAGAUGGCAGUGCAUAGCCGACGCCUGGUCUUGAUCCUGUGCGCCGACGCUGAACACUCACUACCA